GAUUGUUUUCGAGGCCGGCGUUGGUUCUUGGCUUAAGGAGCCCCAUUGAACUAUCAAUUGACCCACUUUUCCGCGAUAUUGUCUGUUGAAUAUCUUAUUCGGAUAUCGGAUACUCACUACACUUGGGCAUUUCUUUACAAUUUGACGCCACUUUUUAUAGUCGUGUCCCGCCUUUCGGAGUUCGAAUGGAUAACAAUCCCGACAGUCAAGGCGAUGGUUCCAGCUACCAUGAACAGUCCUAUUUUGAGGGGCUUGACGGUUCACUACAAGAUCACGAUGUGGAAUAUCAGACGGGCGAAAUCGAGCAGCGUUCUCCUUUGCGGGAACAGGACCGAUUUUUGCCCAUUGCUAACGUUGCCAAAAUCAUGAAGCGUUCUGUCCCCGGAAACGGAAAGAUUGCAAAAGACGCAAAAGAAUGCGUUCAAGAGUGUGUGUCUGAAUUCAUCAGCUUUAUUACCAGCGAGGCCGCGGAGCGCUGCCAAACCGAGAAACGAAAAACUAUCAAUGGGGAAGAUAUACUUUGCGCAAUGAACUCGUUGGGUUUUGACAAUUAUGUCGAACCACUGAAGUCUUUCCUCGUAAAAUUCCGGGAGAUUAGCAAACUGGAAUCAACUUUGAUCGACGAAACCGCCCAAUCCAUUGUUCUCACUCAACCAUCGAAUACAAUUGGCUCAACUGUGCUAUUGACCCCGACUCUCCUUACCGCAAACGCGGCCGUAUUGACCAGCAUUUCCUCCAGCUCGCUCGCCGCCGGUCGGCAGUUUGCAGUGAUCAAUGGUGCUGGCGAUUUAUCCGUUGAUCACAGCUUGUCACAGCACACUGAUGUUAAUUUCCCUGCGGCUAGCAUGACCGACCUCGGCACUCCAAUUUCGUCAUCACUUGGAACUGCGAUAAUCUUAUUAAUCUCU